AUGCUCGACAGUCACGGCAAAAUCGCCGUCCUCGAGCUGGUCAUCUACAUCCCCGUUUCGAUCUUCUGUAUCUUCAACAACUUCCAGCACGGGUUCAGACGAGAGGCGGGGUGGAUUUACCUAACACUUUUCUGCGCUGUCAAACUCAGCGGCGCCGGCAUGACAAUCCACAUCCAGGAAUCGGGAGAUACGAGUCUUCUCGCGGCGGCUACGGUUCUCAACAGCGUGGCGCUUUCUCCGCUGUUGAAUGCCACAUUGAGCUUUCUCAAUGUGCAGAAGUGUGUCAACCAACCAGGAACGAGUGACCUUGAUAUGCUAAGCUGUGGCAGACGCGCAAACACCGACCCCGACCAAUCCUUCAUGCGCCGCGCAUCCUUCUUCCUCAAACCGCUCCAUCUCAUGAUCAUCGUCGGACUUGGCCUGAGUGUCAUCGGGGGCAUCGACCAGACUAAAGACGCCCAGACGGCAGUCGACAACGGAGCCAAGUCGCUUCAGAUAGCGACGGCGUUGUUUGCCAUUUCCUGGGUUGGGCUGUUGAUUGGGUGUCUUGUGUUUGUGGCUCAUCUGUCGGAGCUGACGAGAUCGCAUAGGAGGAUGGUUCUCGCCGUAGCCCUCGCUCUGCCCUUCCUUCUCGUGCGGAUCAUCUACUCAGCCCUCAACGCCGUGAACCUAAACACAAGCAAUUCACCAAACCACACGCAAAAAUUCAACCCCGUAACUGGCAGCUGGGAGCUGUAUCUGAUCCCUGGCGAUGGAGACGGCGACGAUGGCCAUCUACUCGUUCACUGGCGUACGGGCGUACUACGAGUCGAGGACGCUGCGAGUGUCGCGCGAUGGGUCGCAUCUGGAGCUGUUGAGUCGAUAAUAGGCAUGCUCUCUGACUUGCUUCCGGCUGGCUGGAUUUUUUUUCCGUCCUGGAGAGUGGUUCUGGUAAAGCUUGAAAGCUUGCAAGUAUGGACUGCUUAA